GAUCCCCACUCCUCUCAGUCUACAGGCUUGUCAAGCAGAGAAAUAAACAGAAUCGGGCGCUGGGAAGUGAAGCUAUUCCUCCCUCCCCUGCCCCUCACUAUCUGUGCAUCUUCACCCAGCUCUUUCUUUCAUGGAGAGGAAUUAUCCCGCUUCGGGCUUCGGAGAUCUGGGGACUGGGACGGGAUGGAGUUACGAGAGAUCGGCCAAAGCAAGCCUCGUGUAUGGGAGCCGCUCAUACCACCCAGAGUCAGAACUACUCCACCGGCAAACCUAUGGCACUCCACACCCACUUCAAGGCUAUGCAGCAAGUCAUCACCCAGGGAGCUCAAGACAGGGUGGAGCUUGGGGUGGACGAACACUAGGUCUGUCAGGGCUGUUUGACUCCAGUCUCCAUCAUGCCAGCCCCUCAGGUCCCGACCCCUCUGUCAUGAAUCUGAUUUCAGCUCUGGAUUCACGGCCUCCACAGCCCUCACCCUCUGCUUCCUCCCUUCUCUCUCAGUUCCGCACAUCCUCUUGGCAGACUGCCAUGCAUACACCGGCCCCAACGGACCUCUUUAUUUCAGGGGCACUUCCAGGUUCAAGCUCCUUUCCCUCCUCCUCAGCCCUUUCUGCAUACCAGAAUCCUAGCAUUUUUUCUGGACGAUCAUUCACUCCCUCAUUAUCUCUGCAGGAUACAACUACAUUUAGCCGAACUUCUAACAGCUUGAUAUCCCCACAUGAUCCCUUGGUACAUAUUAAAAGAUCCUCUCAGUCCAGCUUGGGCUUUGAUCACUUGCUGUCUUCCCAGAGCACUGCCUUCCGGGGCUCCCAGGAAUCUGCAACUCCCCAGACCCAAGACCCUUCCACUUCCUCCAAUUGCCACCUGUCCCCUCCCCACUUUAAUCUGUUGCCCUCUCAGCUUCAUAACUCAUCCUCUCAACUAUAUACUGCCUCGAUGUUCUCGUCGACGGCAGCCCUGCCACCUGCAGUUCUUCCUGAGCCUCAGCCACUUCCACAGACAGCAAUUUCCCGCCAUGAUAGUGUGAUCAAGCAUUACCCUCGCUCAACUUCAGCCCACACCACAACCCUACAAUCACAAUCCUAUGCCAGCUCUGGUGGUUCAUCUGGCUACCACCAGCUAGUCAGCCAUUAUCAGCAUGCUGGUGUGUCCUGCAGUCCACUGGGGGAACGGAGCCUAUCCUCUGACCCCAAGACCUCACCACGGAUGGAAUCCCAAAUAUAUCAACCUGUCAUCCAAACACCCUAUACCUCAUCAUUAUCCAGCUCCUCAACUCCCUCCUCCUCUUCAGCUACUACUAAAGGUGCCAAAAGUUCCUGCUCCACAAGUAACUAUUCGUCUUCUUCCUGUACCCCACAAACUCCACCAUCAACCUCCUCCACCUCCUCUUUAUCCUCUUCUAGCUCAAAGACCAGUACUAUUUCUCUGUCUGCUCCCUCUCUUCAGCAACCCACACCUCAGUCAGCACUAGUACCACCUCUUCUCCCAGUGGUGUCAUCAUCCCUUGUACAACAAGCAGCAGCCAGUCAAUGUCUGUCCACCUAUGGCUCUCAAUCUGUGACCAAACCUAGCACAAGCUUGCCAAACCAGACCCCUCCCCAGAAACACAUUCAGUCGUAUUCCCCCAACCUGCCACCAUCUACACACAUGACUGUGCAUUAUGAUGGCUUCAACUCACCCCAUGUCCGGGACUUGAGCACUGGAGCAAGGAGCAGUGGGGCGAAAGACUUCAUGGGUGUAGGCUCUGGUGAACGCUCCUUCUCUGGAGAGAUAAUCGUUCAAGACUCAAGUUUUGUCUCAACAUCUCUCAGAAAACCACACACUCCAUCCACUGAAUAUGGGAGUGGAUCAGCCGGGAGUGGACCUGGUAUUCACAGUGUAGUAGGCUCUGCGGUAACUGGGAAUGGGGCUGCUGGUAAUGAAGGCAAUAGCGCAUAUCACCUGACUGAGUCUAGUACAUCACCCUCAACCAAUUCUACUAUCAGUUAUUCAGGAUUGCACUCUCCUGUAGCUGCUCGACCUGUACAGUCCCCUGGAGGCUCAGGGGCAAAUAAAUACUUGUCUUCGAUCCCAGCUCCUACUUUUAUGUCCUCACCACAAGGUUUCCCUGAUAACCGACAAGCUCGGAACCAGUUGUACCACUCAACACCCCCGAACACCAAAACAGAGGCCACAAACAUGCUGGGAGCUGAGGAAUCCCAAGACGAAGGAAACAGUGAAGAUUUCCUUAUCCACCACUUACUACAUCCACAAAGCUCAAACUCCCAUUCUUCCCAACAUCACCCACAUUCUGAGCAACUGUCUCAACCAAUCCUUCAUGGGGAGAGCAAGGGAAUGACAUGUGAUCUUAACAAGAUAUCAGAAGAGCGCUACCAGCUUCAGAGUGUCAUUCGUACCAAUAACAUUACCAGCAAUUCUGGUCUUGGAAUGGCAAUUAAUGAUACAGUGAGCUCAGACAGACCAUUAGAAAUAUCACAGAAGAAACAGCAGGCCAGGUCAGACUCGAUCAUAUCAAAGUCAAAUGCUUCAGGGGUGCGAAGAAUAUCUGAUUCUCAUUCUCAUGCCAUCCACUCGCAUCAUCAGCAAAAUGAGGUAAUGGGUUCUGGGGUCCAUUAUGGAAGAGGUGAUCCCUACAUACAGCACCCAAACUCCCAGCAUCCUCAUAGCACUUCACAUGUGUCCACACGCUCUCAGCACUACACUCAGCACUCUCAAAUCUCCCAGCACUCUCUGCACACUCAGCAUAUACAUCACUCUCAACAUUCUCAGCAUAGUCAUUGCAAUUCCCUCCCACAAAGUCACUCUCAUAUAGAGAUUAAGAAGCCUUCAGAUGCAAACGACAAUGCCUACUACGCACCAGAUGUACAGCAAACUCGACAGAGCCAUGUCUCUGUCUCUCUGAUGAAUACGUCACCAGACCAUCCCAAGCAAACUCACAUGUUACAGUCUGUCCCUUCUCACACUAUCCAAAACAAGCUGGAUUCCCAACAAGCCCCACAGCAGCAACACCAGCAAGCUAUGAUGGGUUCAGUUAGAAGAGCAGGGUCUGCUGGGUUGGAAUCCCAUGUACAGAACCGGUCCUCACAGAGUCUAGAUACCCACUACAGUGGACCCCAUCCAACAUAUCAAACACGAGCCAGUCAGAGUUCAGUAUCUCCACUACAGAUGCUAGAUCAAUCGCUUUCUCAGGCCAAUGGUACAGACAGUGGAACAUCUCUGGACAGAAGUGGAGCUGAUAUGACUGUGACAGGACAGGAAAGAGAUAGAGGAGACAGACAUACACAACAGCACAGACUUAACACCCACCAGCAUCCUCAACAAACAAAAUCGGAUCUUCAUGACUUCCUUUCUGAACAAGAUUUGGACUUAUACACCCCUUCACACUUGAGCCAUCUCAACCAACCUCAGACCCACCCCCACACCCAUGCUCUGCAACACACUCAGCACACUCAUCAUCAACUGUCUGUUACCACUCAGAUAACUCAUUCACACUUGCAACAGAUGACAAUACAUUUAGCAACACCCCAACAACAGCAAUCCCAGUCCACAGAUCCUGAAACACAACUCUCACACUCACAGUUAGAGCAGCUCAAACAGCAUCAAUUUGAGACAGUAAGCCAGACAGAUAAAGUAGGACAGACUCAAGCUCAACUGCAGCAAUGUGCACCUUUGACCUCAAUCUGCUUUCCAGACUGUGUUUUUCCUGAGAUGGAGGAUCUGUUUUGUUCAUCUGAAUACAAAUCAAGCUGUGCUGGGGCAGGACACAGUGCUGAAGAAAACCUCAGCCAGGGUCAUGGACCGAUACAAGAGGAUAUGGAGGCUUUAAAAUCAGGAGGUGCUGCAGAGGGCUAUAAUAUGGUUGGUCAUCAAAGCAAUCAAGGAUUUGGACAGUACUGCCAAAGACUUUCAAGAACAGGAAAUGGUGAUCUGCACUUAGACCAUGACUGUCUGAAGACUCAUGAGCUUCCUUCCACUGUGAAUACUGACCAGCUUGGCCUCAUCCAAUCCCAAACUCCCAUUAUGGGAUUGAAUUCAGCAGUUCAAGGGGAUAGCUUAGUCAACAAGAUGAUAGCAACUGUGGGAGUGGAUGAAAAUUCCAACAGCACUGGUGUAACCUCUCCUAUCUUCUGUUCCUCUCGACCCAAAAAACUGCUGAGGACCAGCUCAUUUCACUUGCUUAAACAGCGACGUGAGCCACAACCUCAAACAAAGAAAAACUAUGCGCAGGAGUAUGAAUUUGGGGACGACGAAGAUAAAGCUGAUGUUCCAGCAGAUAUUCGCCUUAACAAUCGCCGGCUUCCUGACUUGUUGCCUGACUUGGUGUCCAGUUGUAGAAAACCUGGUGGGGUUUCUGGAAUAAGUGGACUAAGCCCACAAAUAGGUGACAUGGACUUUUGCCACUCCUCCAGCUACUCUUCUCUUGGACACCCUUCGCAACACCCCCCUCACGAUGGUCCUAAGAAAAGGGGCAGGAAACCAACUAAACCAAAACGUGAAGGACCUCCUCGGCCACGAGGUCGCCCACGUAUACGUCCUCUUCCAGAACCUCCUUACUGUAGGGGCCUGAUGGGAUCUGUGGCUGGAGAAAAUAGGAGGGGACGUGGCCGAGGUCGAGGGCGAGGCAGACGGGAAGAAGGAAAAGUGCAAAUGCAUCGGGAUAUGAACAAAACACAAACCCUUUCAUAUAAUCACCAGCAACAGUACCAACAGCAACAGUGCAGCCAACAACAGCACCACCAACAUCAUCAACAGCAACAUCACAGGCAGCAGGCGGACCUCCAUCAAGUACCCCACCAGCAGCUCCAACAACAUCACCACCAUCACCAGCAAGAACAUGUUUCCUGUCCCCACCCUCAACUGCAUCAUCAGCAACAACAGCAUACAUCUCACCAGCCGCAGCAAGAUCCGGUCAGAACUUUUAAGAUCAAACUGCCCCUUGCCACUAUGUCUCCACCAGAGUCCUUGUUGAGGACAGACUCGCUAUCCAGCAGUGAGCCUGUUCUCUCUGAGGGAUCGGUGGGGUCAGCACCGUCUCUGGGCUUGAGUCCUGGACCCACUACCACUGUUGACUACAACAGAAAUGAGGUGAAUCAGACAAAAGACGAGAUGAUGAUACAUCAGCAGAGAGCUAAGGAGCUGGUGGUGGAUGGUUGGAAGAAAGAAAUUGACAGUUCACUAAAUCCUGAAGCCUGGACUGCUAUGCAGAAACUCUCAAAUUCAAUUGACGAGAAGGUCUUUGACUUCAAACCAAGCUUUAUGGCCUCUUUUUUGGAUUUUCUGAAGACAGGUAAAAAACAGCCAGACCUUGAACCAAGAUAUGAUGGAGGCAACCAAGAAACCUGUUCCUCUGUGAGGGGAGGAAUUAAAUGCUUAUCCUCAUCAUCUCCUCCCCUACCACCAACUUCUCCCCAGCAGCCUCCAGGACAAUUCAGCGAUGGCAGCCAGGGUAAAGGGCCAGACCUAACCCUCAGCAGCUGCCAAAGUCCCUGCAAACCUCUGGAUGAUGAACUGAAAAGAAACCUGGAGACUCUCCCCUCUUUCUCCUCUGAUGAGGAGGAUUCAGUAAAUAAGAACCAGGACUUGCAGAAGAGCAUCUCAUCUGCAAUCUCUGCCCUCUAUGACACUCCACACUCACUGGCUGCUGCAGUGGCUUCUGCAGUAGUCAAAGCACAACCCAUGCUUUCUCCACCCACGCCACAGGAGCCGUCGCUCAGCCCGCCUCUCAAAACCAAUUCUCCCCUCAUUCCUAGUAUGGAGAGCAUAAAAGAUGGGGCAUUUACACACACUCAGCAUAACACACAAAAUAAACAAAACACACGUGAGGAACAAAAAAUGAUCUCCACAUUGUCAGACAUGGAGGGGGUAGGAUCUGAGCAUGAAAGAGAAGAAGAAAACAGCAAGAAGGAGGAAGGCGAGGAGAUAGCAAGCAAAGAAGAAAACAUGAGGCAUUCACACAGUAUGUUGCAGGGAGCAGCGGAAAAGCAGGAGAAGGAGGAUACAGCGUCUGACAUGCAGAUUAUGGAGGGCCAUGAUGAUUUACCAUCAGGACGUGUGCCUGCUCCUGCACCUCCAUCACCAUUCAUCUCCUCCUCACCGCUCACAUACUCAUCACCAUCGCCUCUCCCUCCCCCGUCAAUCUCUGUACCUUCUCCACCACCAGUCCAACAGAAUGAGGAAGAAGUCAGUCUAAAUGAUCUUUCUUCUGAUCAGCAUAUGCAGCAAUCCUCCUACCAGCAGGCUCCAACUGCAGCCACCUCCCCACCCCCCUCCACCUCCCCACCAGUCAUCCCAUCGUCACCCCUGUCCAACCUUCCCUUCGGCCAAUCGAUCCCCCCCCCAUCCACCACACCUCCCCCAUCAUCUUCUGAUCAGGACCAGGAACCUGAAGCUGGGUUGCCUUACUUUUCCACUUUAUCCUCCUCACCCUCUUCAUUGUCCUCUCACCCACCAUCACCUCCAACGCCAGAGGAGGCCCCACAAUCCCAGCGUCUUACCUCCCUUCACCUGGCAAAGAAACAGGCUGAUGCUGCCAUCGCUGGGGAGAGUGAAGAAGAAGACAGUGAGAGUGGAGGUGAGGGAAUCUUCCGUGAGCGGGAUGAGUUUGUGGUGCGAACUGAGGACAUUGGGACUCUCAAGAUGGCCUUGCAGACAGGCCGAGAGCCUCCACCUAUCUGGAGGGUGCAAAAAGCUUUGCUCCAGAAAUUCAGCCCAGAGAUCAAAGAUGGUCAAAGGCAGUUCUGUGCAACAAGUAAUUAUUUGGGUUACUUUGGUGAUGCCAAAGUGCACUACCAGCGUUUAUAUGUGAAGUUCUUGGAGAAUGUCAACAAAAAAGAUUACGUCAGAGUGUGUUCACGAAAGCCAUGGCACAGAGCUGGCCUGACUCUGAGACGCCAGCCUCUAGCUAAACAGCUGCUGACCAUUCACAAUCAGAGCCAACCUCGAAUAGAUAGUCGACACAAGGAGAGACGGAAUGAAAGAGAGCUAAUGGAGCAGAGAGAAAGAGAAAGAAGAGAGAGAGAAACAAGGAAAAAAGUAGAAAUGGAACAUAAGGAAAGAAAAAGGAAAGAGGAGAGAGAUCGCAAAGAACAGCAAAAAGAAGAAACACACGAGAAAGAAAAAGAUGGUGGAGAACAAAUUGAGAAGGGUCACAGAGAUGUGAAAAUGGAAUGGAAGAAGGAAAGUGAGAGUGAAAGAAGGGAGAAGGAGAAAAAAGAAAGGAAACUUAAAGAGAGGCAGCAAAGGAAAAAGGAAAAACAGGAUAGGGAGCAGAGCGAAAGGAUGAAACAAGAGAGAGAAUGGAAAGAAAAGGAAAGAUCACUGAGAGAACAAAAAGAGAGGGAGAGGAUAGAAAAGGAGAAACAGGAGAGAGAGAGAGAACAAAAACUUAGGGAGAGACAGGAGAGGGAAUGGGGAGAGAGGGACAGAGAGCAGAGGGACAGAGAGCAGAGGGACAGAGAGCAGAAGGACAGAGAGCAGAAGGACAGAGAGCAGAGGGACAGAGAGCAGAAGGACAGAGAGCAGAGGGACAGAGAGCAGAAGGACAGAGAGCAGAGGGACAGAGAGCAGAAGGACAGAGAGCAGAAGGACAGAGACCAGAAGGACAGAGAGCAGAGGGACAGAGAGCAGAAGGACAGAGAGCAGAGGGACAGAGAGCAGAAGGACAGAGAGCAGAAGGACAGAGAGCAGAGGGACAGAGAGCAGAAGGACAGAGAGCAGAGGGACAGGGAGCAGAAGGACAGAGAGCAGAGGGACAGGGAGCAGAGGGACAGAGACCAGAAGGACAGAGAGCAGAGGGACAGAGACCAGAAGGACAGAGAGCAGAGGGACAGAGACCAGAAGGACAGAGAGCAGAAGGACAGAGAGCAGAGGGACAGAGAGCAGAGGGACAGAGACCAGAAGGACAGAGAGCAGAGGGACAGAGACCAGAAGGACAGAGAGCAGAGGGACAGAGACCAGAAGGACAGAGAGCAGAGGGACAGAGAGCAGAGGGACAGAGAGCAGAGGGACAGAGACCAGAAGGACAGAGAGCAGAGGGACAGAGACCAGAAGGACAGAGAGCAGAGGGACAGAGAGCAGAGGGACAGAGACCAGAAGGACAGAGAGCAGAGGGACAGAGAGCAGAAGGACAGAGAGCAGAAGGACAGAGAGCAGAGGGACAGAGAGCAGAAGGACAGAGACCAGAGGGACAGAGAGCAGAAGGACAGAGAGCAGAAGGACAGAGAGCAGAGGGACAGGGAGCAGAGGGACAGAGAGCAGAAGGACAGAGAGCAGAGGGACAGAGAGCAGAAGGACAGAGAGCAGAGGGACAGAGACCAGAAGGACAGAGAGCAGAGGGACAGAGACCAGAAGGACAGAGAGCAGAGGGACAGAGAGCAGAAGGACAGAGAGCAGAGGGACAGAGAGCAGAGGGACAGAGAGCAGAGGGACAGAGACCAGAAGGACAGAGAGCAGAGGGACAGAGAGCAGAGGGACAGAGACCAGAAGGACAGAGAGCAGAAGGACAGAGACCAGAGGGACAGAGAGCAGAGGGACAGAGACCAGAAGGACAGAGAGCAGAGGGACAUGGAGACAGAUAGUGAGCAGAAAGAAAAGGAGAAAGCUCAGGAAAAAGAAAAAAAGGAGAACAUGGAGCAAGUCAAGAGAGAUUAUACAAUGGCAUUAAAAGAAGAGAAGAACCGAGGAGACAUAAAGAUGGCAUUUCAGGGAAGAGCCAAGACUUCAAAGGAGAAGGCUGAGCCUCCACCCAAGAAAAGGAAGAAAUGGUUGAAGGCGGUGCUGUCCUCUUCAUCUGAGUCCGACUACUCCUUACUCAGUGAUGAUGAAGGGCCUGCGCGGGGUGGAGUAAACAGUCGAGCCAUGAGGGACAUGUUCAGGAGCUAUGUGGAGAUGUUGGUCAGCACAGCGCUUGACCCUGAUAUGAUUCAAGCCCUAGAGGACACAGAUGAUGAAUUAUACCUCCCGCCCAUGAGGAAAAUUGAUAGCAUGCUCAGUGAACAGAAGAAGAAGUUGUUGAGGAGAGUCAACAUGAGUGCUCAGCACCAGGAGGCUUUACAUAUAUUCCCCAAAAUGACAGCAGAUCCUGUGGAAUCUGGAGUUGUCAAAGUUCACCUUGGUGGGGAGGGCUACAACCGCAAGACUCUCAACCGAGUCAAGAGGAGCAUUCCUAAGCAGCAGGAUAUGAAACUUUCAAUUGACAUUUGCCGGAUAUACAGUCUGUAUCAUUCUCUUCACCACUACAAAUAUCACACCUUCCUGCAUUGCAAGAAGGAGACGGACAAUAUUGAGCAGGCAGCGGAGGACCCUGGCCAGGAGGAGGUGGUGCAGCAGUGUAUGGCGAACCAAGGCUGGCUUGAGAGCCUCUUCAGUUCUUUCAUGGAACUGCUUACUCUUAGCGCACAGACCUAAAGGACGAUCACAACCUCUGCCACCAAAAACAAACAUCCACCUGCAGUAUUAAGUAGGUGGAGGUGUUCAGAAUGUGUGAAACAAAGCAAUCAGAAACUGGAUGCCAGAAAUGCAACGAGAGUGGCCCCUGUAUUUAUUUUUUUUUAAAGGGAAGGUUACCAUUGUAAGUAUUUGCUUUAUUGCUGUAUCCAACUAUUGUACCAAAUUAUGAAGGCUAGUGAACUAUUGGAAAGCAAUGGAUUUCCCCAAAAGUCAGUGAAAGAUUAUUUGAUUAGAACUACAAAGGUGACUUUUGUCAGGACUUACACAGCAUGGAUAUAUAUGUGCAAGCUGUCUACUAUGUAAGUAUGUAAGUAAAAUAUGUAUUUAAUGUGGUUUGUAUAAUUUACACAAAUCCAUUUUUAAAAUGUACUUUUCUCAGAUGGAAUUGUUUGCAGUUCACAUUUUUGAAAAAUGUUUUAUAGGUGUAAAACCAAAUGGCCCGUAUGCAAAGCUAAGCUAAAACGAAUGGUUUAGUGAGAUAAAAGUGAGGUUUAAAAAGACAGUGUGAAUGUCUUUUCUUUCUAUCUGCAUCAGAAACAAGCAGGAAGAUAAUAUAUUUAAAACCAAAUCAUGAUGUUUCUGUUUGUUCUUCAAGACAUAACGAAUGAUUGGGAUUAAUUCCCUUAAUGAAGAAGAAUACAAAAAAAUGAAGUACUGCUUUCUUAAAGGAAGUAUGAGUUAAAAUGAUGAUAAACCCUUAAUAUCAGUAUUUAAUGUCAUAUUUUUUAUCUGUUUCUUGCUGAGUUUUCCUAUAAGUUGAACUCUCUGAGUUUGCAGAGUUUGAUUUGUAAAUAUUGUACAGCUACUUCAUCCUCUAGUUUCCAGUGGCUCUUCAGUACAUGCAAUUGCUGUAUUGGACAUACUGUAUUAAAACUCUGAAACUAACAAAUGCCCCAAUGAAUCAAUAGCCUUGAGCUGAAGUCUUUUCAAGAAUGUUUGCAUCAUAGCUAAGUGGAUUUUAGCUAAUGCAGAGGCACUGCCCAAAAGUUUGAAUUGAUAUAUUUAAGUUUACUGUAGAUAGCAUCACUUUAAAACAACUGUUCAGUUGUACUGUACAAGGCAGCAGUGUUUCUUCUUUUUCUGUAAUUUAGCCUUACUCUUUGUUGAGAGCUCUAACAAUAGAAUAGUUCAUCCAUCAGACAUUCGAAAGCAUAGGGUGGAGUACAGUUUAUUUAUCUUCCUCUCAGGAACUUUUAUCUCAAGCAGGAACUGUGUGAUGCAAAUCCAAAUCAGCAUAGAGUCAUAGUAAGGAUAAUUUUGUAAUCUGUUUCUGUAAAUAUGAUACACAAGGACAUUAAACCUAAGCAGUCCACAAUAUGCAAAUGAAUACUGACAAAGCUCGUACCAGGUCAGCGAGAGAGAAAAGGAUGUGGCAAACCUUUUUGGGAACAUAUUUCUGUAUCAUUCUAGGAGCUGUGGCUCAAAGACCGAAU